UGUCACCCCAGUGCCGGCCGUGAGGGAGCCGCGCGCCCAAACCCCCAAAAACCCCAAAAAAACCCAAAAAACCCCAAAAAACCUCCAGGAACCCCUUUAAAUUCUGCUCUCCAUCCCUCCAGGAGCGUCGCGGAUCCGCUGAGGCGCGGCCAUGACGCGGCACGGCAAGAACUGCACGGCCGGGGCCGUGUACAGCUACCACGAGAGGAAGAAGGAUACAGCUGCCUCGGGUUACGGCACGCAGCGGGUGCGGGUGGGACGUGACGCCAUCAAGGAUUUCGAUUGCUGCUGCCUGUCCCUGCAGCCCUGCCGGGACCCCGUGGUGACCCCGGACGGGUUCCUGUACGAGCGCGAGGCCAUCGUGAGUUACCUGCUGCACCAGAAAACCAAAAUCGCCCGAGAGACCAAGGCCUGGGAGCGGCAGCAGGCCGAGCGGCGGCGGCAGCGGGAGCAGCAGAGGGGGGAGGGGGCGGCCAAAGCCCUCAGGGGCUUCCUGGAGGCCGAGACCCCCCUGGGCAAGGGGGGGACAGAGACCCCCGGGGGCAGCGGUGCCCCAGGACCCCUCCCCAGUUUCUGGAUCCCCUCGCUGACCCCCGAGGCUGCGGCCGAGAGCCUGGCGCGGCCCGAGCGCGCCGUCCGCUGCCCCAUGUCCGGCCGGAAGCUGCGCCUGGCCCAGCUGGUCAGCGUCCACUUCACUCCGGCCGAGCGCGGCCUGAGCCCGGGGCAGCUGCUGGCCCGAGAGCCGAGUGACCGCUACGUGUGCGCGCUGACCGGCGACCCCCUGGGCAACGCCACCCCCUGUGCCGUGCUCCGGCCAUCAGGCUCAGUGGUCACUCUGGCCGCCGUUGACCGCCUGGUGCGGCCGGACAUGCGGGACCCGCUUAGCGGGGCGGAGCUCAGCGACAGUGACGUCAUCACGCUGCAGCGGGGCGGGACCGGCUUUGCCGGGGCCGGGGUUUCCCUGGAGGCCAAAAAAUCCCGGCCGGUGAUGCAGGCCUAGGGGGGACCCCAAAAUCCCCUCAACCCCCACAAAAUCCCUUCAAACCCCCCAAAAAUCCCCUCAAACCCCCAAAAUCCCCUCAAACCCCCCCAAAAUCCCCUCAA